AUGUUCUCCUUCCUUCUUUCCACCCUCGUCUUAUGGGCUUCUUAUGCUGUUGCUUUGGUCGUAUACCGGCUAUACUUCCACCCUUUGGCAGCUUUUCCCGGCAGAAAAUUGGCGGCUGCCACGAGGUGGUAUGAGUUCUAUUUCGACUGUAUCAAAGGGGAUGGUGGGCAGUAUAUGUGGGAGGUCGAGCGUAUGCAUGAGGAGUAUGGACCCAUCAUCCGCGUCACCCCAAACGAAAUCAAAAUCAAAGAUAUCGAGUACUACGAUUCCCUCUACUCGACAUCGCAACCUCGCGAUAAAUAUGGUCCCUCGGCGAAGAUGUCCGGGACGCCUUUAUCAGGUAAGCACCCUCCCGUCAAACACCGCCGCACGCCCAUAUGCUCCCGCACGCACCGAGGCGGGACCCCGCAGGAUGCAGGUAAGACUGACACACCCUCUCACGAGAUAGCCUUCGGCACAGAACCGCACGCCCUCCACAAAAUCCGCCGUGCGCCCCUAAACCCUUUCUUCUCCAAACGCGCCGUUGCCGCUCUGCAGCCGCGGAUUGAGGAAAUCAUUGACGAUUUGUGCAACGGCCUUCGAGGAUGCAUGCAAAGGAACGAGGUGGUGGAGCUGAGGCCGGCGUUUCUGUCGUUGGCGAUUGAUGUCGUGUUUCGAUAUUCAUUCGGCUACUCCCUGGGGGCUCUCAAGAAACCCGAUUUCUCACCCCAAUGGAACGACGCGAUUGAAGGAACGGCCGAGGCGGCGCCGCUGACGAAGCAGAUGAGCGGGAUCGUGCAGUAUCUGCAGAAACUACCCUUACCGAUCAUCCGAUUCCUGCAUCCAAAUCUAGGCCGGCUCCUAGGAUUGAGACAGGUCCUCCGCCAACAAAUCGCCUCCAUCAUCAAACUGUACGACAACGGCGUCCUCCCCGCCAAAGACGGCUCCUCCUCAGAGCGCACCAUCUUCCACGCCGUCAUGGAAUCCGACCUGCCCGCCUCGGAGAAAACGGAAGAACGUCUCACGGACGAAGCCUUCGCUUUCAUCGGCGCCGGCACCGAGACCACGAAACAGACGCUCAACGCCGCGUUCUACUACCUGUUGACGAGUCCCGAGAAGUUGGCGCGCCUGAGAGAGGAGUUGGCGCGUGCGAUGCCGGAUCCGGCGGUGUGUCCGCCGUUGCAUGUGUUGGAGGGGGCGGGAUACUUGAGCGCCGUCGUCAAAGAGACGCUCCGUAUCACGACGUCGGUGACGUCGCGACUGCCGCUCGUGGCACCGACGCAGGAGUUGAAGUACGGGCGGUGGAACAUACCUGCCGGGACCCCCGUAUCCAUGGACUUCCGCUCCACCCUGCUCUCCCCCGCCCACUUCCCGGACCCCCUCACCUUCGCCCCGGACCGCUGGCUCGUCCCCGCCGACAGGCCGGACCGUCUCGCCCUCGCGGAAAUCACCCUCGCCAUCGCGUGCCUGUUCCGCCGGUUCGACUUCGCCCUCCACGGCACGGACGCGCGGGCCGUCAACGUGACGCGGGAUCGGUUCGCGGCGGGCUUGGAUCGCGGGAGCAGGGGGACGCGGGUGAGGGUUUUGAGGGAGUUUGCGGGGUAG